CCCCAGGGAUGGGAGGUUCCUGCGGGCAGCUAGAGGAGCCGGCCCGAGGACAGCCGCGCUAAGUAGGGAGUGGCUGAGGCGGGUGGCGGCCGGUCUUCCUAUCCCCGGAAGUCGUGCCGCGCCGUCGUGGUCGCCGUGGGCGAGGGCGGGGAUGCGAAGGCGGAGACUGCCACCCCCCAACCCCCAGCCGGCCCAACCGGCCCGGCUCGGCCAUGGGAAAUCCAGAAAAUAUAGAAGAUGCCUAUGUUGCUGUGAUUCGUCCAAAGAAUACUGCCAGUCUCAAUUCUCGUGAAUAUCGAGCUAAAUCAUAUGAAAUUUUGUUGCUUGAAGUUCCCAUUGAAGGACAAAAGAAAAAAAGAAAGAAGGUUUUACUGGAAACCAAACUUCAGGGAAGUGGUGAAAUAACUCAGAGUAUUUUGGAUUAUGUAGUAGAGACUACCAAACCAAUUUCUCCAGCCAAUCAGGGUAUCAAAGGAAAACGAGUGGUAUUAAUGAAGAAAUUUCCUCUUGAUGGAGAAAAAAUGGGCCGAGAGGCAUCUUUAUUUAUUGUUCCAUCUGUUGUCAAAGAUAAUACUAAAUAUUCAUAUAGUCCAGGAUGUCCAGUUUUCUACUGUUUACAAGACAUCAUGCGAGUCUGUAGUGAAUCCAGCACUCAUUUUGCCACUCUAACUGCAAGAAUGUUAAUUGCCCUGGACAAGUGGUUAGAUGAGCGACAUGCACAAUCUCAUUUCAUUCCAGCUUUAUUCCGACCUUCUCCUCUUGAGCGGAUAAAAACUAAUGUCAUCAACCCAGCAUAUGCCACUGAACCCAGCCAGACUGAAAACUCACUUCAUAUGGGUUAUAGUGCACUAGAAAUAAAAAGUAAAAUGUUAGCCUUGGAAAAAGCAGAUACCUGUAUCUAUAACCCUUUGUUUGGGUCAGAUCUCCAGUAUACAAACAGGGUAGAUAAAGUGGUAAUAAAUCCAUACUUUGGCCUUGGAGCUCCAGAUUAUUCAAAGAUUCAGAUUCCUAAGCAAGAAAAAUGGCAGAGAAGCAUGAGCAGUGUUACAGAAGACAAGGAACAUCAAUGGGUAGAUGAUUUCCCUCUUCAUCGAAGUGCCUGUGAAGGAGAUUCAGAAUUAUUAAACCGUCUUCUCAAUGAUAGUUUUUCAGUAAACCAGCUAGAUAAUGACCACUGGGCACCUAUUCAUUAUGCAUGCUGGUAUGGAAAAGUUGAGGCUACUCGCAUGCUGUUAGAAAAAGGAAAGUGUAAUCCAAACCUCUUAAAUGGGCAACUUAGUUCUCCCCUUCAUUUUGCUGCUGGAGGAGGACAUGUUGAAAUAGUGCAAAUCCUUCUAAAUCAUCCAGAAGUGGAUAGACACAUUAUUGACCAGCAAGGAAGGUCUCCGUUAAAUGUCUGUGAAGAGAACAAACAGAAUGAUUGGGAAGAGACUGCAAAACUGUUGAAGGAAGCCAUCAAUAAGCCAUAUGAAAAGGUACGGAUAUACCGAAUGGAUGGAUCAUAUCGUUCUGUUGAACUAAAACAUGGAAAUAAUACCACAGUACAGCAGAUUAUGGAAGGAAUGCGUCUCUCGCAUGAAACACAACAGUAUUUCACUAUAUGGAUCUGUUCAGAGAACCUCAGCCUUCAGCUGAAGCCCUAUCACAAACCCUUACAACAUGUUCGCGACUGGCCAGAAAUCUUGAAUGAAUUGACAAAUCUAGAUCCUCAAAGGGAAACACCGCAGCUUUUCCUAAGAAGAGAUGUGAGACUUCCACUGGAAGUUGAGAGAAAGAUUGAAGACCCACUGGCCAUUCUUAUUCUCUUUGAUGAAGCCAGAUACAAUUUGCUGAAAGGCUUUUAUACAUCUCCUGAUGCCAAGUUGAUAACACUGGCAAGUCUACUGCUGCAGAUAGUUUAUGGGAAUUAUGAAAGUAAAAAACACAAACAAGGUUUCCUCAAUGAAGAAAAUCUAAAAUCCAUAGUUCCAGUCACCAAAUUGAAAAGUAAGGCCCCUCACUGGACAAACAGAAUACUUCAUGAAUACAAGAAUCUUAGUACAAGCGAGGGUGUCAGUAAGGAAAUGCACCACCUUCAGCGCAUGUUCUUACAGAAUUGCUGGGAAAUUCCUACAUAUGGAGCUGCCUUUUUUACAGGACAAGUAUUUACAAAAGCAAGUUCCAGCAGCCAUAAAGUCAUUCGGGUUUAUGUAGGAGUGAACAUAAAAGGACUACAUCUCCUCAAUAUGGAAACUAAGACUUUACUCAUUAGCCUCAAGUAUGGUUGCUUUAUGUGGCAGCUGGGAGAUGCUGAUACCUGCUUUCAAAUUCACAGUCUGGAAAAUAAAAUGAGCUUCAUAGUACACACCAAACAGGCAGGUCUGGUUGUAAAACUGCUCUUGAAGCUUAAUGGACAGUUAAUGCCUAGUGAAAGAAAUGAAUGAAAGGCAAGAAAAAUGAUUCUGAAGGAGUCCUGUGAACACAGAUUUCUUUCACUGAAACAUUUCCCAAAAUAUCAGCUUUAUCAAGAUAUGAUAUUUAGUCUUGUAUUAUGUAUGUAUAUUUCUCAUUUUGUACAGAAUCUGUUACUUUGUGGAAUUGUGUAACAUACUGAUUUUUUAUUCUCCAAAUAUGCUAUUCUAAU